AUGUCGUGUCCAACAAUCAGUGCCGCCACCACCACCCAUCUAACAAACGGUGUUACUUCUGUCGACUGCCAGAAACAAGUCCGGUCAUGGAGGCUUCUCCGUUCCCUUAUGGAACUCCUCCUGCCAAGCUGCAACCGCGCCUUCAUCGAUGAACGCUGUGAAAUCAAUCCACCGCCUGUAUCUACCUCUAGCGUUAUUACAGGCACCAUCUUUGGUUAUCGUAGAGGAAAAGCCAGCUUUUGUAUCCAAGCAAACCACAAGUCCAAAAACGAUCCGAUUCUCCUUGAAUUCGGAAUCACCACGGCGGCUUUGGCAAGGGAAAUGCGAGGCGGUAUCCUCCGAGUCGCGCUGGAGUGCACCACUUCAGGCAUUUCAGAGUCGGUUCUGUCGACGCCGCUGUGGACUAUGUACUGUAAUGGAAGGAAAGUAGGGUUCGCGAUGAAGCGGAAGCCAUCGAAAGCUGAUAUGGAUGCUUUAAGGCUAAUGAGUUCAGUAGUUGUUGGAGCUGGAUUGAUCAGUGGAAAGGAACUUGAUCAUCAUCAUGACGAUGAACUUAUGUACCUGAGGGCCAAUUUUGAAAGUGUUCGUGGUUCAGUUGAUUCUGAAUCUUUCCAUUUGAUUGAUCCCGAUGGAAAUAUUGGUCAAGAGCUCAGUAUUUCUUUUACCGACCAAGUGACCUUGGGUGAUGCUUUCCCAUUUCCAUUUUCAAGCUUAGCAACCUAUGACACACAUUUGCCUGUCAUUGAAGGCAGUGACAUGAAUUUCAUAUGA